UUUUGUUUCAGAUGAUCGUUUAUUAGUUUACAGAGAAUGGGAGAUUCUGAAAGUCAUGAGAUAUACAAAACCAAUAGGUUAAGUUAUGCAAUACCUAUGCCUUAUCUUCCCUCAACUUCAGAUGCAACCAAGGUUAGGAGCUCCUCCCCUACCGAACCCUACCCGGAGAUGAACUUAUCCGAACCUGAACAGUGUUCUCUCCAGGAGGUUGAGCAGAUGAACUGCUUGAGCCCAACCAGGGUGAACAGCAAGGCGGUGGUGAGGUACGCGGAGAUGGGACUACCCGUCCCUCUCAACAUGGUUGCGGAGAAUACGGAUCUAAGAAAAGCUCCGAAGAAUUGGUUGAGAAAAGGAACUCAGACCAAGGGGUUUGUUCCAUCUAGCCACCUCCAGACCGGGUUCUCUUCCUUCAAGCUCGCAAACGACUUCGUGGACUGCAUGCCAGACGUCGACGUGAUCUCUGACAGUGAGAACAUCAAGAAGUUGCUCAAGCUUCCCUACAGUAACAACAGCAUCAGUAUGAUCGUCCACAGGGUCGGCAAGAGUCUGCUUAUCGACGAUUUUGACAUUCACCAAUAUUUGCUGAAGCGGUCUGCCACGGAGUGGGAUUGGUUGAGGAAAUAUUUUGCUCAGACGAUCCUUCAUCAGAUCGAGGACAAGGACGGAGCUGUGGUGAGGAAGAACUGCAGUAACUCAGCACUACAGGAGCGGAACCUGAUAUCAAAGUUUCUCUACAGGAGUCUCCAGCAUACAGAGGAGGAGGAAGCAGAAGCCAGUAUUGAAGCACUGAAAGAAAGUCUUGGAAGUGCUGCUUUAAUAAACGACUCCGUUUUGAAAAAUAUUCCUCCUUUGCCGGACCCGGAGAUAGAGAAAACUAUCCCACACCUGGGCGAGGCCAAAGAGGACGGGUUUGCCAGGAACUUUAUCUGGACCUUCGAGGAUAUCCGGAUGUUAAUCGGGUCCAACAUGCCAAUAUUCGGAGACGAGGAUCAUCCUUGUGUUAGUUUGAAGUUAAGGGAUAUGAAGAAACCUAUAAAUGUUUUGACCGGAAUGGAUUACUGGCUGGAUAACCUCAUGUGUCAGGUUCCUGAAGUUGCAAUGUGCUACCACAUUGACGGAAUAGUUCAGAAAUAUGAACUCAUCAAGACAGAAGAACUUCCUUACAUGGAAGGAUCUAAGUUCUCCCCUAAGAUAGUAAAGAAUAUCGCCCAGAAUGUUCUUGCCUUCCUGAAAUCUAAAGCUGCUAAGGAGGGGCACACCUACUGGUUGUUCAAGGGGAAGAAUGAUGAUAUCGUGAAGCUCUACGAUCUAACAUCGCUGAGUCAGAAGGACAGCGGGAUCAAACCGUCGAACACUGAGGAUGAUAUGACCGGAGAAGGUGGCGGGAUGGAGACGGAACCUGACAAUCCGUUUCAAACACCCGUCUCUCUUCUUCUCUAUAGGCUUGCCAGGAAUAUUGUUGACUCCAGGGGACGACGGGAGGACGACGCUGUUGCCCAGGCACUCUUAAAGAACUGUAUUCAACUGCUGGAUCACAGUAAAUAUCCUCAUAUUGCCACAUCCGCGCAUUUUCUUCUUUCGGAACUUUACGUUCCUGCCGAUACGGAUCCCGCCAAACCUUAUUUUCCGAAAACUUCGCCACAUUCGUCCGUUCCUGACGAGGAUUCUGACGAACAGUUUGACAGUGACGAGGAUUUUGAAAGUUCUGUUGACAUUCACACACUCUGCUACCCGAGUAAAUUGUACGGGUUCAGAUCCAAGGAUAAAUGCGCUCCACCGAUAUCCGAUGAUAUUGAGUUCCGAUGUACGGAAGCUCUGCUGCAUAUAGAUCAUGGAUUGAAGUUUAUCACGAGCCUGGAGGCGAGAACACAGGCCAGCUCUAGCGCCUUCAGGAAGGAGAGGGAAAGGGUUGAACGUGAAAAUUUAAAAAUGUCCGUCCCGGGACAAGCAAUCCCGAUGGGAUACAUCUCAUCCGAUGUUAGGAUUGUUCAGAAUAAGAUCUCGGAAUGGGAGAAGUCCUGUGACGUGAAACCAACCUUCAGUCAGCUUUCUAACUCGGAUUAUCUCAAGUUUCUGCUUCUAAAGAAGGCUCUGCUCGUCUAUAUAACACUGGCUGAGAUCAGUUUUGAUCUCAAGAAGUUCGGUCGAAGCUUAAAGUGUGUCAAAAGAGCUUUAAAUUGUUUCUCGAUGGUUGAGUCCAUUGGAGGAGAGAUAGAGGCAGAAACCUGCGGAGGAAUGAUCAGCUUUGCUCUGGGUGUGGCAGGGGACUGCUAUCUUGCAUUCAUAUCUGCGUGGGGUAACCUUCCCCUGUACCUGGAGCAGUAUAACUCCGCUGAGGCCGGAGAAGGAGGGAUAGCGGAGGAGGUUGAGAAGUACACAGACGAGAUAGACAGAGACUGGACCAUUAAACCACCAAAAGAUAUCCAGGAGGGAUUAUCCUUGUCUGCCCGGUGCUAUGGUCGUGCUCUAGGUUUCCCAUCACUACCAGACGAAGAGAUGGUUAGUCUCAACCGUAGGCUUGGAAACGUUCUCAACGAGGAGGGGGUGUUCUUCAUGAACCAGGCAACUGCCCUGGUCAAGAACUUAUCAGACGAAGACACCGCGGAUGUAUCCGCCUCGACUCUCCGUGCUGCGGAGACCCUGUUAGAGAGAUCAAGGGAGUUUAUGAACCAGGGGAUUGCACUCUUCCAAAAGAUUGACGAUAACGCUAAUAUUGCAUUACUUCUCUCCAACUCAGGUCGUCUCUGGAGGAUUGCUGGUCAUAUCAAGAGCUUGACAAGAGAGCGGAACAAGCACGAGUUUGGAAGUGCCGAGAAGGAUGAAUAUAAGAGAGCUCUCUCCGAGUAUCAAAAAGCACUGAAAACCCUAGGGAACAGGAAAAUGAAUCCUUCUGUUUGGGAUUCUGUUACCUACGAGCUUUGCUGUACUUUCUUCACUGUUGGAACCUUGUUCCAAGACCAAGCUCCUCUCUCUUCUCUCUCGAGGGAGGAUGCGGAGAAACAAGUAAUAGAGUUCUUCCUGAAGGCUCUGAUGUACUGCGACAUUGAUACUGUAAGUUCCCGUCAGGAUUUGUACAGGAGAAGAGCUGCAGAGAUUCAUCUUAGACUUGCCUCUCUGUACCAUCAUUCCUAUCGGAGCUUUGACAUUGAAGACACGUCCUUUAGGAAAAAGAAACUCAAACAGUUGUCGGAGAAUCACUAUUGUAAAGCUGCUCCGCUCUACCUACAGCAGGAGAGGUUUGUUUACUAUCUAAGAUGUGUCCUGGAGAAGGGAGCGCUUCUUGAGGCUCAGUUAGACUCUCUAACUUCCCCCGGAGCAAAACAAAAACAGUUCUUUCUCAUUCUUUCCUGCCUCCUGGAGACAAGACCGGCUUUGGAACAAAUGAGUUCAGGUUCAGACACGGAUACUCAGACUGUUCCCAGCUCAGAGAAGGUUGAAUCUAGCUCCACGAAGUUGGAGGAUGAGAUAGAGGAGGAGAUCUAUGUCACCAACACGUUGCUCCAACGGGUUCAGGCAACGCUUCUCUCUCUGUAUAAACUCCUGAUGGGGAAAACUCCGAAGAAAGGAAGGGAACCGAGUCCACUGGUUAAUAAAUUUAAAGAGCUCUAUGCCGAGAGUUUAAAAACUAAAAAUAUUGCGUUUGAAAUCCUGAAUCUGUUAAACAAAAUUCAAGAAGCUAAUCCCUAGUUUACUAAUUGUUAUACUAACACCGUUUUAACAAUAUUUCUAGUGUUAUUACGUUUCAUUCAGCCUGGUGCUUGUAUUUGAAAAUAAUCAUAUAUAUAUUCAUAAUAUAUCUAAUGUUUCAGAAA